AUGAUGUCCGUGAGGAUUUUAAGAAUACGUCUGCUGUUCUGCUUUCUGGCUGCAUUCUUCAUCUCUGCCCUAGCUGAGGAACAUGUGGGAGAGAGUCAACAUCCAAAUAUUCGCCUUGAUAAGAACUUGGUACAAGAUAAAGACCACAUCAUGGAACAUUUGGAAGGUGUUAUUGAGAAACCGGAAUCUGAGAUGUCUCCACAAGAGUUGCAGCUUCAUUACUUCAAAAUGCAUGAUUACGAUGGCAAUAAUUUGCUAGAUGGGUUAGAGCUUGCUACUGCUAUAUCACACGUCCACAAAGAGGAAGGUGGUGAGCAUACCCAGGCAAUGAAAGAAGAAGAGCUGAUUAGUCUAAUAGAUGAUGUCUUAAGAGAUGAUGAUAAGAACAAUGAUGGAUACAUUGACUAUGCAGAAUUUGCAAAAUCACUGGAAUAAGGUUUUGCAGGGGGCUUGUUUCUCCUUCUAACUACAUGGAAAUGUGAACCAGUAUAAUGUGAUUCAUUACUGUCUCAUAUCAACCUCUGUGCUGUGAGAAGGAGAGGUGUACCAGCUCCAGCUGAAAUUAUUUGAAAGUUGUAUGUGUUAAGAGACCGGCUAACUCAGAGCGAGAGCCAUGUUUCACUAAACGAAGCUAUACAUGUGAAUCUUGAAGCAUGGAAGGGUCAACAGUACUCACACAGGGUACAGCUGACAAACUCUUAAGCAGCUGUGUAUGAAUACUAAAUAGAUCAUAAACAAUCUAAAUUCCAGUUUUUC